UUUAUGGAGCAGGGCUGCACAAUUUCUGUUCCACAACAGAGCAUGGAACUUCCCCUGAUACUUAACAUGGGGUUGAUCUUCUUCCUCCUCUGGUCAUCCUCAUACUUGUUGGUGCAAUCCGGGGUUGAUGCCAUGGGAACUAUUCCAUUCGGAAACGAGACCGACUAUCUAUCACUGCUUGCUUUCAAACAUCAAAUAAUAAUUCAUGAUCCGUCGAAAGCUCUAGGCUCGUGGAACAACACCAUCCAUUUCUGCAAUUGGGAGGGCGUCGCAUGCAGCAGGAAGCACCAGCAGAGGGUCAUCGCCUUGGACCUCAGCUCCAGCGGGUUGGAGGGCUCUCUCUCUCCCUCCAUUGGAAACCUCACCUUCCUUCACCGGCUCGACCUCCAAAACAAUGGUUUCAUCCACGAGAUUCCACCGGAGUUGGGUCGUUUGCGCCGCCUAAAACAUCUCAACUUGAGUUUGAAUUCAUUCCAAGGGGUAAUCCCUGUGAACCUGACUUACUGCUUUGAGCUACUAACUCUUGACUUGUCGAGCAACCAGCUUAAGGGCAAGAUUCCAGUGGACAUUGCCUCCCUUACAAGGCUCGGUGAGCUGAUGCUUUUCAACAACAGCCUUACUGGAUUCAUUCCACCUUCAAUGGGUAACCUGUCAUCGCUCAACACACUCGAAGUCGGCAUCAAUCAUCUGCAUGGUAGCAUUCCAGAGGAGAUUAGCCAGCUUACAAGCCUAGAACAACUUCAAUUGUCUGUCAAUAAUCUCACAG